GAGGUAGUAGCAUUUUCAUUACCGAUGACUAAAACAACAGCUAUUACCCCUGAUGGUGCAGCAGUGCAUCCUAUUGCUUAGAAUUUUGUCCUUAGGUUUCAGCUGAAAUUGUGGAGGGGGGGUGUUCAUUUGAGAAGCCGUAUAUCUGUUGAGAAGUAGGUGUGAUGUGCUAGAAGUUGUAAGUUGGUUUUUAGAAGUCUCUCACUAUUUAAGUCAUUACUGGAUCUGCAUUUUUGGCAUUGCCUUUGGGUCUCAUGUUUCUCAGCCCAACCGGAUAGGACCUUGAGACUGUCAAGGAGCAGUUCUUAUUUGUGAUUCCAAGCAAUUACUGAAGAAGCAUUCUCUCUUAGUGAGAAAAUGAAUUUAUAAUUUAGGAGACCCUAAAGACCUCAGCAACAACAAAAUAUGUAAACAGGUGUUAACUGUCAUUUUCUGUUACAGCUGUUUGCAGACAAAGUUCCAAAGACAGCAGGUUGGUUCCAUCUUUUCUAAGUUUAACAAAGGUAUUUAUUGCAGUUGUGUCAACUAGAGUGUCUGUGUGUAUAUAUAUAUACAUAUUCUUUAUUACUAUUUUUUUUUAACAGAAAACUUUCGUGCUCUGAGCACUGGAGAGAAAGGAUUUGGUUAUAAGGGUUCCUGCUUUCACAGAAUUAUUCCAGGGUUUAUGUGCCAGGGUGGUGACUUUACACGCCAUAAUGGCACUGGCGGCAAGUCCAUCUAUGGGGAGAAAUUUGAUGAUGAGAACUUCAUCUUGAAGCAUACAGGUCCCGGCAUCUUGUCCAUGGCAAAUGCUGGACCCAACACAAACGGUUCCCAGUUUUUCAUCUGCACUACUAAGACUGAGUGGUUGGAUGGCAAGCAUGUGGUUUUUGGCAAGGUGAAAGAGGGCAUGAAUGUUGUACAAGCCAUGGAGGGCUUUGGGUCCAAGAAUGGCAAGACCAGCAAGAAGAUCACCAUUGCUGACUGUGGACAACUCUAAUAAAUUUGACUUGUUUUAUCUUAAAUUACCAGAUCAUUCCUUCUGUAGCUCAGGAGAGCACCCCCUCCAUCCCGUUUGCUCGCAGUAUCCCUAUAAUCUUUGUGCUCUCGCUACGGUUCUUUGGGUUCCAUAUUUUCCUUAUUCCCUUCCACGUCUAGUUGGAUUGCAGAGAAAUAAAAACUAAGUAACAAUUGUCUGUCCUUGUUU